AUGGCAGCUCCUCUCUUGAGGGCAGCUUUCCCCAUUUUGGGGGGUGUCUGUGGCCCUGCCCUCCUCAGCCCCCCCAUUUGUCACCCUGUGUGUCCCCCCCAGGAGCUGGUGGUGCAGAAGGGCUGGCGCCUGCCCGAGUACACGGUGACGCAGGAGUCGGGGCCGGCGCACCGCAAGGAGUUCACCAUGACCUGCCGCGUGGAGCGCUUCGUGGAGAUCGGCAGCGGCACCUCCAAGAAGCUGGCGAAGCGCAACGCGGCCGCCAAGAUGCUGGUGCGGAUCCACAACGUCCCCAUGGAGCCGCGGGAGGGCAGCGAGGCAGAGGAGGAGGAGGACCAGUUCUCCAUGGUACCAGCCAGCGAGGGGUUAAGGGGGGACAUGGGCACCCUGAGGCCACCCCAAGGGGUUAAGGGGGGAUGUGGGCACCCCAAGGCCACCCUGAGGUGUUAAUGGGGGGGUGACAUGGGUGCCCUGAGGUCACCCCAGGGGAUUAGCAGGAGACUCGGGCACCCUGAGGUCACCCAGAGCGGUUAAGGGGGGACAUGGGCACCCUGAGGCC